GACCUCCAGACUCCAGUCCUCGCUGUCGCUGCCUACAGAAACACCCGUACUCGUCCCGUUCCUGCCUUGCGUCCUGCGUAGCAGCUCGUCGUGUUCGCCGAGAGGGAGGAGGGAGAGGCAUCGCGAGUCGCCACGCGGAGCUGCGAGGUGUUUGUAGGAUUGCGUGAGGGAGCUUUUGGAGCUUGGGCAUAGCCAUGGCCACCGGUGUGGCACCAGCUCCGCUCCCGCACGUCAGGGUCCGUGACGGCGGCAUCGGCUUCACAAGGAGCGUCGACUUCGCCAAGGUCCUGUCCGUUCCCGCUGUGCUGAGGACAGGCUCCUCAAGAGGCAGGGGGCUCGUGGUGAGGAGCUCAAGUACAGAGUCUGAUACUAUAGAGCUCGAGCCGGCUUCAGAAGGAAGCCCACUUCUAGUCCCCAGGCAAAAGUACUGUGAAUCUAUACACCAGACAAGGAGGAGAAAAACACGUACUGUGAUGGUCGGGAAUGUGGCAAUGGGCAGUGAUCAUCCCAUAAGGAUUCAGACUAUGACUACUUCAGAUACCAAGGAUGUUACUAAGACCGUGGAAGAGGUUAUGAGGAUAGCAGAUAAAGGGGCUGAUUUUGUUAGAAUAACCGUCCAGGGUAAGAAGGAGGCUGAUGCAUGCUUUGAGAUUAAAAACACUCUUGUUCAGAAGAAUUACAACAUCCCCCUGGUGGCCGAUAUUCAUUUUGCCCCUGCAGUAGCUUUAAGAGUAGCAGAAUGCUUUGACAAAAUCCGUGUUAACCCAGGAAAUUUCGCCGACCGUCGUGCCCAAUUUGAGAAGCUGGAAUACACUGAAGACGAUUACGAAAAGGAGCUUGAGCAUAUUGAGAAGGUCUUUUCUCCAUUGGUUGAGAAAUGCAAGAAGUAUGGAAGAGCCAUGCGUAUUGGAACAAACCAUGGUAGUCUAUCUGAUCGAAUAAUGAGCUACUAUGGUGAUUCUCCAAGGGGAAUGGUUGAGUCUGCUUUGGAAUUUGCUAGGAUCUGUCGGAAUUUGGACUUCCAUAACUUUGUGUUUUCAAUGAAAGCAAGUAACCCUGUUGUCAUGGUCCAAGCAUAUCGCCUGCUUGUAGCAGAAAUGUAUAACCUAGGAUGGGAUUAUCCUUUGCACUUGGGAGUUACCGAAGCUGGUGAGGGUGAAGAUGGGAGGAUGAAAUCUGCCAUUGGCAUUGGAACACUUCUGAUGGAUGGCUUGGGUGAUACAAUCCGUGUAUCCCUCACAGAACCACCAGAGGAAGAAAUUGAUCCUUGCCGGAGACUGGCAAAUCUUGGAACUCAGGCUGCAAACCUUCAAAUAGGGGUGGCCCCAUUUGAAGAGAAACAUAGACGCUACUUCGAUUUCCAGCGUAGAAGUGGUCAGUUGCCUCUACAAAAGGAGGGCGAGACAGUAGAUUACAGAGGUGUCCUGCAUCGCGAUGGCUCUGUUCUGAUGUCGGUUUCCUUGGAUCAGUUGAAGGCUCCUGAGCUCCUUUAUAGGUCUCUUUCUGCGAAACUUGUGGUUGGCAUGCCUUUCAAGGACUUGGCAACUGUAGAUUCAAUUCUUUUGAGGGAACUACCCCCUGUAGAAGAUGCUCAAGCUAGACUUGCACUCAAAAGAUUAGUUGACAUCAGCAUGGGUGUGUUGACUCCCUUAUCAGAGCAAUUGACAAAGCCUCUGCCACAUGCAAUUGUCCUUCUCAACCUUGACGAACUAUCAAGUGAUGCAAAGAAUCUUUUGCCAGAAGGCACUAGAUUUGCUGUAACUCUUCGUGGAGACGAAUCAUACGAGCAGCUAAAUGUUCUUAAGAGUGUUGAUGAUAUUACAAUGUUGUUACAUAAUGUUCCAUAUGGUGAAGAGAAGACUGGCAGAGUACACGCUGCAAGGAGGUUGUUCGAGUACUUAGAGACCAAUGGUUUGAACUUCCCGGUGAUCCAUCACAUUGAUUUCCCAAAAAGUAUUGAUAGAGAUGGUCUUGUUAUUGGUGCUGGUAGCAAUGUUGGUGCCCUUCUAGUUGAUGGUCUUGGUGAUGGUGUACUUCUCGAAGCUACUAACCAGGAGUUUGAAUUUUUGAGGGAUACAUCCUUCAACUUGCUACAGGGUUGCAGGAUGCGCAACACAAAAACUGAAUAUGUCUCUUGUCCUUCUUGUGGGCGAACACUCUUUGACCUCCAAGAAAUCAGUGCUCAGAUUAGAGAGAAGACUUCCCAUCUACCAGGCGUCUCUAUUGCUAUCAUGGGUUGUAUUGUUAACGGGCCAGGAGAGAUGGCCGAUGCCGAUUUUGGAUAUGUCGGAGGUGCUCCCGGAAAGAUCGAUCUUUAUGUUGGCAAGACCGUUGUGCAGCGGGGCAUUGCAAUGGAGGGUGCCACUGAAGCCUUGAUUCAGCUAAUCAAAGAUCAUGGCCGUUGGGUAGAUCCUCCUGUCGAGGAGUAGGCUCUAGCUGUAUCCUGUAGUUCGUUUGUAGCCUAUAAACAAUGCACCAGCUGAGAAUACAUACAGUGCAUCUGCAGAGUACAUUCCUACACGUUUAUGUAUAUCAAUUGAGAAACAAAGUAGACAUAGGAGGUGUCUACGAUUCUGCAACACCCUGAUGAAGCAUAAGCAAAUUAGAAGCUUCUUGAAAUCACAUCAGGUAUAUCUUAAAUAAGAUUGUGUUGUUCUGGAAGUACAUAAUGUAUAAAAGACCCAAGUGUUCUAACUGUA